UGGUUCUUUUUCUAAUGGAAUUCCACGAUUAACAACAAUGUCUGUCGCUCGAAUUUCCAUAGAGAUUGAACCUUCUACAGGGCAUACAGCAUGGCAUAAUGCACAACCGGUGCAUAAUUCUUCAAUAAUAGUUGGGAAAGAAUUGAAAUUGUCAAAUUUAAUAGCUUAAUAGCCAGAAUCCAAACAAGUCAAAUAACAUCUUCCACAUUUUAAACAUGAAUCCUCAUUGAUUUUCGGGACCAAAAAGUCUUCUCUUUUCAUUUCAGCAAUAUCUUUGAUGUGGUGUAAUCCAGUUCCAACAAGAUUCUUGAGCUUAUUACUAGAACUGAAUGCAAAAGCGGACUUUUGUUUUUAAGAAGAUGGGAAUUAUCCUUUCCAUUAUUUUUAAUUUAAGUUAUAUGAAGCAUAAAGGUGAGC